CUUUUGUCCUUUUCAUUAAAGUCUGCAAGAUGCAGACUGGAGACAUUGUGCAGCCAAGGCCGCUAAAGGUUGCCCAGGUUGGAGACACUGUGACUCUGGAGUGUUUCUACCCCAGGAGUGUAAAUUACAUAUUGUGGUAUAAGCAGUCUGUGGGACAAAAGCUUCGGCUUGUAUCUACAUUUUUUAAAUACGAUAAUAAUGCUACAUUUUUUAAUGAGUUUCAAAGAAACCCACGCUUCUCAGCAGAUGUCAAGAUGGGGAUAAACCAUCUGAUUAUAUCAAACACACAAGUGUCCGAUUCAGGAACGUACUACUGCGGAACAAUAAAUGUUAACAUAAUGGAUUAUGGAGAUGGAACACUUCUGAUAACAGGCAUAACACCGAAAAGCAGGACUGUGGUGCAGCAGGUGGUGUCAGACCCAGUGCGUCCAGAAGACUCGGUGACUCUGCAGUGUACAGUAGACCGUGAGACCUGUGCAGGAGAACACAGUGUUUACUGGUUCAGACACGGCUCGGGAGAAUCCCUUCCGGGACUCAUUUACACCCAUGGAAACAGGAGUGAUGAGUGUGAGAGGAGCCCUGAGGCUGGGUCUCCUACACACGGCUGUGUCUACAGCCUCCCCAAGAGGAACCUCAGCCGCUCUGAUGCUGGGAUUUACUACUGUGCUGUGGUCACAUGUGGGGACAUACUGUUUGGAAAUGGGACGGUGGUGAAGUUUCCAGGAGAAAAUGUGCUCCUCCUUCGCACUGUUUAUUGCCUGGGGGCCACAUCGGCAUUAUGUGUGAUCCUGAUCGUCAUCCUGAUCCGCCUUAUUAAUAAGAGAACACACUGCCAAUACUGCAGAGGAUUUGGUGUGGCUGCUUCCCAAGACGCUGAACACAGAACAAAUGUGUCUGGCGAACAGAUGAGUGAGGCUGACUCUCCCAACUAUGUCUCCCUAAGCUUCGCUGGCACGGGACCCAAAGCUCGGUCAAAGAGGACGGUACUGGAGAGGGACAUAGUGUACUCCGCUGUCAGAUGUGAAGUUUCACACUGA